AUGGCCACCAUUGACCUCAACCAGCAAACGCCGCGAGACAGUCUCUCGUCGGACCUACAGCAACCCAGACCACAAGAGCCUCUCCCCAAGACCCACGAAGCACCGCUCAACAUGCGCAGCACAGAAAAGGAACACGGCGAUAGCCACAGUAACCGACAGACAGGUGUACUCACAGGCACGGAUAUACCCAAAUGGAAACCAAACUUCACAGAGACCAUGAUCAUGGUGACUCUGGCCAUUCUCUCCCUGAUGGUCUCGCUGGAUGCUACUGUGAUUGUGACCUCUUUGUCGACAAUCGUUCAAGCUUUGGACGCCACCGCGACUCAAGGAUUCUGGAUUGGAACAUCUUACCUCCUCGUAGUCGCCGUGACCAUGCCGUUCACCGCCUCAAUCAGUGACAUUGUGGGCCGACCCCAAACUUUGUUCAUCACUGUUGUAAGCUUUACAGUGGGAACGAUACUGUGUGCUGUCGCCCGCAGUAUUGGCCUGAUGCUCGUUGGCCGCUGUCUACAAGGUAUCGGUGGUGGCGGCGUCAUCAUCAUUUCUCUGGUCAUCUUCUCCGACAUCGUCCCGCUUCGCUUCCGACCACAAUAUGUUGGUGUUCUGCAAGGAGCUUGGGCGCUGGGGAGCGUCGUUGGACCUAUCAUUGGCGGUGCUCUUGCCCAUCCUCAUCAAUGGCGCUGGGUGUUCUACAUCAUGCUGCCCUUCUGUGGCAUCGGGCUUGUCUGUAUCCCUCUGUUCAUCAGGAUCCGGCGUCCCGAGGCCACCGUGAAGCAAAUGCUCAGCCGUGUUGACUGGAUUGGGGGUUUCCUCUUCAUCGCUUCAGCCACGGGCUUCCUCGUCGCUAUCUCUUGGGGUGGCACGAGCUACCCAUGGAACCAUUGGAGGACGCUUGUGCCCUUGAUCCUCGGGAUCCUGGGACUUAUCGCCACGAUGAUCUACGAGCGAUUUGGCGCCAAGGAGGCAUUCCUCAGACACUCUCUCUUCCACGUCAAGUCAGCUCACGGCAUCUACAUCGGCGCGUUCGUUCAGGGGCUUGUGCUUUAUGCACAACUGUACUACAUUCCCUUCUUCUACGAGUCCGUUAAACUGUACUCUCCAAUCCGCACCGGUGUCUCCCUCCUCCCCAUCCUCCUUACCCUGAUUCCAGCCUCCGUUAUUGUCGGCGCUGCUAUCACUCGAACUGGAACAUACCUCUGGGCCAUCGCCAUCGGCUGGGCCUUGACAACGCUAGGCACGGGCCUCACAAUCUCCUGGGACCGCAGCACACACACGGCAGUCUGGGCUAUCGAGUUGAUCAUCCUCGGCGUCGGACACGGACUCAACCUCAAUGCCCUCAAUACGGCGUCCCAAGCAGUCUCCAAGCCCGGCGACGAAGGUCGCGCAGUAGGCAUGUACGCCUUCCUCCGCAGCUUCGGCAUGGCCAUCGGCGUAGGCGUCAGCGGGUCGGUGUUCCAAAACGUCAUGAAGUCGAAGCUCAAGGACACGGGCCUGCCGACCGACAUCGCGACCAACGCCGAAGCAUACCUCCUCGUGCUGAAACAAAUGGGCGACACGCCAGAACGACAGGCCGUCAUUGACGCCUACGUGUCCGGUUUCCACGGCGUGUUUGCAUUCCUCACCGCGCUCGCCGGCGUGGCUUUGAUUCUCGGCCUCUUUAUCCGCCACCACGAGAUCAACAAGGAACUCAUCAGCGAGCACAAGAUCGUCGACGCCGCCCGCAUCGGCUGGCGCCAUGGCCACAGUAGGGCCACCAGUCGGGAGGAGUUGAUCACUCCACCCAGGACCGCGAUGAGCAGUGCGCCAAGCUUCGCCAUGGACGUUGCGAUGCAAUCGAGGGAGAUGGUCGCUGAGCAUGUGUGA